CGUCCAAAAAAGUAUCAAAUUCCACUGCGUUGAUUCGAUCUUCUCUCUUCCGAUAAUCUUAGCGCGGGAUCUCUUGCCGCGGGACCGAAACAGCUUCCCUUCCUCCCCCGGAUUUGUUAGCUAGGAACUCCCAACAACUUGGGACACUCUCUUCUUCUUUCUCCCCUCCAGAAGAAAAACAACAGAGGCAAAAACGGCACAAUGAGAGCCUUCCAGCGUCUGCUGAUGGCUACGCCCUCGUCCAUCGGCUCCAAAGCCAAUCUCGGUCCCGCGCCGAUGGCUCUGCUCCCGCCGAUUCCGCUCUAUCGCCGCAUCCUCCGCCUGCAUCGUACCUUGCCCCCGGAGUUGCGUCUGCUGGGCGAUGAGUACGUUAAGAGUGAAUUUAGAGCGCAUCGCAAUGUCGAGAAUCCGAUUCAUAUUAUUGGAUUCCUGACGGAAUGGCAAUUAUAUGCGCAGCAGGUGGAAGGCGAUAAAUGGAAGGGCGAGAAGCUGGAUAAGGCGAAGCUGGACAAGAUGAGCGACCAGCAGCUCGGACAACUAUACGAACUCAUGCGGGCGAUACAAAAUAAGGGAGAAGAAGGCGAAGAAUAGACUUUUUUUUCUUUCUUUUCUCACCUGAGUGCUCUAUUUUGGAAACAGAAUUCUCCGUUCUCAAAAAGCGAGGCGUUACGGAUGAUAUUGCAUUCGAUUGCUUGACGCCGGCCGAUGAGGUCGACGCAAACCUAAGCGAUUCCCUCCAGGACGGGGACGUACUGGAAUUACCGGCAUAAAUUCUGGUGUUCCGCAAUAUAUUCUAGAUGAUCUUGUACUAUACUAUACUACGCAUUGAAUCAUUAUUUAGCGGGGUG